AUGAUCGUCGAGGCUCAAGACGAGAAGAGGAGAGAAGACGCAGGUCAAGGUCUCGAGACACGCCUGACAGGAGACGGGAGCGUAGCAGAUCCAGAGAACGGCAACACCGUGACCGUGACCGCGAUCGAGACAGGCCGCGAGAGAGGGAUAGGGAUAGGGAUAGGGACAGAGACAGGGAUAGGGAUCGAGGCGGAAGACACAGAGAUGCGAACGGGCAGAGCCGGCGCGAGAGGAGUAGGAGCCGCGACAAGCACCGAGAUUCCAAGGAUCACCGAGGCGAACGCUCCAAUCGGCAUUCACGCUCAAGGUCUCCCACGCGAAACGGUGGCGGCCCAUCAGUCCGGACACGGUCCCCUCUCCGCCGAAGCGAUCAUGACCGGGACCGAGCACGAGACCGGCCACCGAGAAAGGACGAAGAAGAUUGCAAGCAGACAACCGAGCGCAACGGUCAACGGCGAUUCAAUGGCCCUUGAAGACGACGACGACGAUAGUGCUCUCCUGCGGAAGAUGAUGGGCUUCACGACGUUCAAGACCACGCAGAACACAAAGGUGCCCGGAAACCAGAUUUACGGCGUCAGGAAGGAGAAGAAGACAGAAUACAGGCAGUACAUGAAUCGGGUAGGCGGUUUCAACCGGCCACUCAUGCAAGGUCACAAGAUCACAGAACGACUUGCAACGACGGCCAAAUGCGGAGAUAUCCAAGACGGUCUGGAAACCAAUCGGGAUAUCUACUACAGUCCGGCGCAGCCCAGCACCCAGCUGAAGAACCUGCGACACCUUGCCCCGUUUGAGCCGUGGCACCGGUCGAUUGAGAAGCGGAAGAUGGAGUUACAGCAACCAGAGCAGAAGCAGGAAUCGAUAUCCGGACCGCCUAGAGCACUUCUGCCGCCCGUUGAGAACACCACCUUGUAUCUGCGGCACGCCCAACAGCGUGAAAUCGCGUCGACAAUACCAUUACAGAGACAGUCGAAGGGUCGAAUGAUUCGGAAGAUCCAGACGUGGAAGCUCGCCAAUCCUCCGAUUGCAUAUCGUCAAAGGCUGGACAGGACUCCCGUGGGGAUAUGUGUGAACUUAUGA